CACGCGCCGUCGACGAGUCGUGCGGAGCCGCGGAGGCGAAGGGGUGGAGGAGGAGAGGGAGGCGAGGAGUCCGAUCGCUGGGCAGGGGCGAUGCCGGGUUUGCCGCACGCUGAAGAGGAGGAGAGGUGCAGCAAGGCCAUUAGCAUCAUCUCCGAGCUCUGCAUCAAAGAAUUUGUCGUCAAGGACCGCUGCCUCGACUUCCUGUCGCUCCUGCCUGAACGCUCUCGGCAGAGCAACCACACCGUGGAUGUAGACGUGUCGGUGAGCCUCCUGGUUGUGAUCGUCAGCUUCUGCGCCAUCGCUCUGCUGCUCGUGUCGCUCUUCGUCUCGUGGAAGCUCUGCUGGCUGCCCUGGCGGCACAAGCUCAAGGCGGCGGCGUCGUCCCCGGCGGCGGCGCACGCCAAGCAGCGAGAGAACGCGGCGAGCCGAGAGAACGGCCGGGCCAGGGACGCGCCCUCGUGCAGGGACAACAACCCCGGCAGAGAUGGGGCUGGCAAGGAUGCGGUGGGAGCGGUGGCAUCAACUCCUCGGCUCCAGCACGCGGCCUCGUCCGUGCCCUCGCCAGCCACCUCCACGUCCAUCGGUGCAGGCGAGCAGCCCUCGGCGCGGAACAAGCGGGUGGAGAUCCUCAGCGGGAGUGGUGGCGGUGGUGGUGGAACCGUGACGCGCAUUGGUGAGCAGCAGGCAAUCAAGAUUAGCCACACGUCGCCCGACAUCCCCGCCGACGUGCAGCGUGCCGGACAUGGCGCCGACAGUCGCUCUGACAGCGCCCGCAUCCAGCGCCAGGUCACCGAGCCCACGUCCUCCUCCCGCCACACGUCGUUCCGGCGGCAGCUGCCACGGCAGCUCAACCUGUCCCAUCUGGAGGUGGUGGGCGCGCCGCCGAGCCCGGCGACGCGGCGGCCGUCCCCCCUGGACAUCGGGCGCAUCAAGCCCGAGCUGUACAAGCAGCGCUCCGUCGAGGGCGACGACGCCGACGGCGGCCGCGGGACGACGGCCGCCGACGACGGGCGAACGCUGGCGGGGAAGCUGAACUUCGCGCUGCAGUACGACUACGAGACGGAGCAGCUGCUCGUGAGGGUGUGCCGUGCCGCCGAGCUGCCCGCCAAGGACUUCUCGGGCACGUCGGACCCCUACGUGAAAAUCUACCUGCUGCCUGACCGCAAGCGCAAGUACCAGACCAAGGUGCACCGCAAGACGCUCAACCCCGUGUUCGAAGAGACCUUCCAGUUCUUCGUGCCGUACGCGGAGCUGCCCGCGCGGCGCCUGCACUUCAGCGUCUACGACUUCGACCGCUUCUCGCGCCAUGACACCAUCGGCCAAGUGGUGGUGGACAACUUGUUCGAGGAGUCGGACCUGUCGCGAGAGACCUCGCUCUGGAGAGACAUUGAGUGCGUCGCAUCGGAGAAGGAUGACCUGGGGGAGUUGAUGUUCUCGCUCUGCUACCUCCCCACCGCCGGGCGCCUCACGCUCACCGUCAUCAAGGCUCGCAACCUCAAAGCCAUGGACAUCACGGGGGCCUCGGACCCGUACGUGAAGGUGUCGCUGAUGUGCGACGGGCGGAGGCUGAAGAAGCGCAAGACGUCCACCAAGAAGAGCACCCUGAACCCCGUGUACAACGAGGCCAUCGUGUUCGACGUUCCGCCCGAGAGCGUCGACCAAGUGUGCCUCCUCAUCGCCGUGGUCGACUACGACCGCGUGGGACACAACGAGGUGAUCGGCGUGUGUCGCGUGGGUAACGACUCCCAGGGACUCGGCAGGGACCAUUGGAACGAGAUGCUGGCCUACCCGCGCAAACCCAUCGCCCACUGGCACCUGCUGCAGGAGUGCGCAAGUCGGUUCUGCCACUGGGAUAUUUUGAAAGACUUUGGCUCAAAUAUUGUGGGCAGGGCGUGCAGCCAGCUUUGAGAGCCAGGGCUCCUGCUCUUCUCCUUAAGCAACAACAACAACACAACAACAUCAGAACAACAACAACAUCAGAACAACUACACGCAUCCGCACGCACACUCACCUUUUACGCACGGACACAUCUGGAGCCUCACGUGCGGUGCGUAGGGUGCCACGCGCACGCUUCUGCUAAUACGCACACCCGCAAAGACAAACGUAUCCCGUGUAGCCUUCACAGACUAUGUUGGGGCAAGUGCUCUUAGCGAGCACCUAUGAAGGUUGGCACGUGCUGGAGGGUGGUGGGUGGUAAGCUCCAGGCCCGACCGUCUUUGUCUCCCUAAUGGAGAUGUUUACACACAGUACCAGGUACUCAUUCGAGGCUAUGAGAGUCCAGGAACCGGUUCAGAUAACCCUCAACUGGUGUUGGCCGUGAGGAGGGAAUCGAACUCGGAUCUCUGGGCUCGCAACGCAGCGCGCUAACCACUACACUACCACUAGCCACACACCGCUAGCCACACACCGCUAGUCACACACCGCCCAGACACACACCGCCCAGACACACACCGCCCAGACACACACAGCCCAGCCACACGCAGCCCAGACACACACAGCCCAGACACACACAGACAAACACGGACGGACAUUGAAAUCCUGCCAAAAAUCCUCUUGCUGGGGAAGGCAUUACCACCCGCUUGUCGUCGGGCUCGGAUGUUGAUAAUCACGGUGUUUAGGAUGUCACUUACAUACCAGAUCAGAGCUCCCGCUCUCGCUCUCUAUCUCUUUGUAUAUAUAAUAGAUAUGUUCCGGGACUCAGUGAGAUCUCAAUCAAAGCCUUCGAUUGACCCUAACUGGGGACACUGACCCCAAUCCCAUGAGAAUGCCCUCCGCCUGUACUCCCUGCCAGCUCUGGCAAUUAGCAGCGCUCGUGUGCCAGUGGGGAGAUGUUCACACGUUUCAACAUCAAAGCCGGCCGCGCACAUGCAUCACGAAGCCACAACGAGUAACUCGCGCGAACAGAUGACACACGCGUGGACACACGCGCGAUCGACGCACACACGGACCGGCGCGGUGGGAACACACGAACGUAGAUAUGAACGCGCUCGCAAACACAACAACAGCAACUGCCAUUCGCCACUAAGUGGCGGUGACGUCACCACGAUGCUUGUGCCAGGCUAUGUGCACCUUGAGGCCACGUGAAGUGUCGAAAUCCCGCUGGCAGGAGGUCACGGGGCAGACCCAGGUGCCAUGGGUCGACUGACUGAGAUGAGUGGCUGAUGCACCACCUGUGCCCCCUACUGUGCCAACUUGCUGUGCUUUAGCCACCCGGCGCUCUGAUCGUCGUUGUGAGCGUCGCUCCUCCGCCCUCCGUUGUUGCUGGAGGGCGACUGCCUCCAACUACCCAGUAGCGUCCUUCACGAGCCUCCUCCACUGAGACCGAUCUUGACAUCGCUGGUACCAGUCAUCGGAAAGUCCACUCAGCUCCAUAUCCUCUCGUACCAUAUCACUCCAUCUCUUCUCCAGCCCAUGCCGCGCCCGUUUAGCCCCCUCGAUCCGGCCAAACAAAAGCUGUUUAGGCAUGCGGUGACUUGGCAUGCGGGCUACAUGGCCCAGCCAACGCAGCCUUGCCUGCCGGAGGAGCUCACCGAUGGGACAUUGUCCAGAUCUUUCAAGGAUUUGUGAGCUCCUCACACAAUCCAGCCUGGUUAAACCCAGGAUGGAUCGUAGGCAGGCCAUGCACACACACACCACACAUGAGUGCGCAAACACGAAGAUAUGCACAGAUUGAUCUACGCGUACACACACACACGCGCGAACACAGGAGUUCAGGUGAACACAGACACACGUACAUGGGCACGCAUGCAUGGACACACGCAGUAAAAAACAAUCAAGCACUCGAACAAAUAGGGGCAAUCAGGAACACACAUGAACAUACAGACAUGGUCAUGUGUCGAUAUAGACGAUAUGCACACAUACACGCAUACAUUAACACGCAAACAUUAUCCUUAGUACACACACACAUAUGCAUAGACACACGUGAAUACAACCGUGAAGACGCACACUGCAACGCACGUGAACACACAUACAUACCCGAAUAGAUGAACAUGCCAGCAUGCUGGAACACCACACACGCGCACACAGUUGAAAACACCCCCCCCCCCCCCAAACACACGUGGACGAACACAGAGACAGGAAUAUGCACACACGCGUGAAUAUAUGCACACGUGAACAUACACAUUAACACACAUGCACCCACACGUAGAAAACCCCCUGCUAUUUCUUAUACAUUGUGUAAAUUAUUCAAUUUUCUUGCGGAUUUACCCGACCCUUUUUGAAGCCAGUCUUACAACUCUCGACUCGAUUUGCCAGUGACGCUUGUACCGUAGCUGUAGCUACCGCGACGAUCAUCACGAAGACGACGAUCACGAUGGUGACGAUCACGAUGACGACGAUCACGAUGGUGACGAUGACGACGAUGACGAAGACGACGAUCACGAUGAUGACGAUCACGAAGACGACGAUCACGAUGACGACGAUCACGAUGGUGACGAUCACGAUGACGACGAUGAUGACGAUCACGAUGGUGACGAUCACGAUGAUGACGAUCACGAUGGUGACGAUCACGAUGGUGACGAUCACGAUGACGACGAUCACGAUGACGACGAUGAUGACGAUCACGAUGGUGACGAUCACGAUGACGACGAUGAUGACGAUCACGAUGGUGACGAUCACGAUGAUGACGAUCACGAUGGUGACGAUCACGAUGAUGACGAUCACGAUGUUGAAAAUCACGAUGUUGAAGAUCACGAUGACGACGAUCACAAUGAAGAGCUCUUGUUUAAUUCGCCCCUUUGCUUCGUGUGAACUCACCGAGCUGUGUAAAUAAGCGCUCCGCCAAAAUGUGCCAUGCGCGUUAGAAUCGACAUCGGGUUACAAUGCUGUGCCAACGCUGAGCCAAAGCCACGGACUCUAUAUACCCGUGACGAUAGGAAUAACUUGCGGGGGGCGGGGGGGGGUGCCACUAGCUAGACAAUGCAAAAAACAGGCGACAAAUCCCAGCCGCCCAUCACUUCGAGUACUUGAUGACGGCCGCCAUGACGAAUGGAGGCGGUUGUGUUGUGCGGUUGUGCGGUCGUGGCCGGAAUCACCACGCUCGGGCCCGCCGCCUUUGUUCUCUCCCAAGAACGAUGUUUACACGGCGCACCCACGCAGUCAUUGAAGGGCUGAGUCGACCUAGGGGAGACCCAGGACCGGUUCAGAUAAUCGCUUACUGAUGGCAUUUACACACGGAUACACAUACCCGUCAUUCGCCACUAAGUAACGGUGACGUCGCCACGGCGCCUGUGCCAGGCCAGGUGCACUUUGAGGCCACGUGAAGAGUGAGAGCUUGCUGACAAAGCCAGGUGCCAUGGGUUGGCUGACUGAGAUGAGCGGUAAAUGCACCAGCUGUACCCCCUACUGUGCCAACUUCCUCUAUUUUAUCUACCCGGCGCCCCGCUUGUUGUUGUGAGCGUCGCUCCUCUGCUCUCUGUUGUAGCUGAAGGGCGAUUGCCUCCAACUGCCCAGCAGCGUCCUUCACGAGCCUCAUCUACAGAGGUCGAUCUUGACACCGCUGGUACCAGUCGUCGGCAAGUCGACUCAGCUCCACUUCCUCCAGUACCGCAUCACUCCAUCUCUUCUCCAGACCAUGUCGUGCCCGUUUGUUUAGCCCCCUCUAUGCGGCAAAACAAAAGCUGCUUAGGCAUGCGGUGGCUGGGCAUGCGGGCUACAUGGCCCAGUCAACGCAGCCUUGCCUGCCGAAGGAGCUCACCGAUGGGACUUUGUCUAGAUCUUUCAAGGAUUUGUGAGCUCCUCACAAAAUCCAGCCUGCUGGUUAAACCCAGGAUGGAUCGUAGGCAUACCAGCCUGAAUGUUUAUAACCGGCGCAGAUGUUCCAUCAAAGGGGGUUCACGUUUCACAAGCAUACGCACACACACAUGCGCACAGACCUUCAUGAAGACGGCAAAGCUAUCUUCACGGUAUUUCCCUGGGACAGUAUGCUGGGGGUGGGGGAUUUGCUCGACUUGCCCAGGCUGUCGUUGAAGGCACACACCGCAAACACACACACACACACGGUAUUUUCAGGAGCUCAGCUCCGGGCAGCUCCAAGCUGAAAUGAAGUCCCUGGUUGUCCCUCCCACUCUCCCGUGGAGCGCGCGUGAUGCAGAUGUGGCAUCUGUAGGUGACGCCUACAGCUUCUCUCUCCCCAGCUGUUACUGUCAGCUCACACAUCCCCUUCGCCCCGCCCUCCACAUCGGAUGUCAACGACACGAGUGUUAUCUUCAACAAAUUACCUGCUGCUGCUGCUGCGUUGGCACAAGAACAAACAACGACAAAAUCAACACGUUCGUCAAUACCGAUGUGUGUGGCCUGGAAAUGAAACAAACAAACAUACAAUAGGCGACGUUUCGGGCAAUGAACUUUCAUCAUAGCAUUGACCGUACUCUGGUCAGCGUUGUUUGGUGAACCUUGGGGAUGUUUGGCCAUGACUUCUCACCUAUGAUCGUGGCGGCUCCUCUGGAGGAGACAGGAGAAGGCAGAGACACGUCAACGCAUUCGAGAAGAUCACCACGCAAACUCCCUCAAGCCAUGACAGACGACGUGGGAGCAUUUCUCGCUCGAUGUUUCGAGGAACGCUGCUCGGCUGGCUCGGGGUAGCUAUUGUCGCCUUAAGGCACUGCCGUUAGAGCUACAAGGUACCAACCAUUCUGCAAUGAUCCUCUACAUCAUUGCACCUUACGUUGCUGUGAUCGUAUGAACCGAUCAAAGUGCGCAGUGAUUCCCGACUCAAGUUACCAUCGAGGCCCUGGGUGCUCGUCUCUUGUUUACAGCCCUGCCGGGGCCAUCGGUGGAAAUUCCACAUUCCCUGCGAGUGGUCUGAGAUGGAUUUUGGCGUGGCCAAAGUGAUCGUCGCAACAUCAUCACAGACUGGAGACUGUUCCAGAUGGAAUUCAGCAGUGUGCGUUUAACGUCCAUGGACGUUCUUGAGGAGGUAAGGGGGGAGCGGGGGGGGGGGCGACCAAAUUUAAAUAUUGCCCCCCCCCCUCCCCUGGGUGCGCCUCUGGUUGUGCUGGUGGCGGUGGCAGCGCAUCGCAGCGACGCUAAUUGGUAUCGUUCCGUGCGUGCAAAUGUGACUCUGGGAACAUUUAUAUUCGCGUCUCAGCCUCGCGAGGCCGCACUCACAUUUCGGCUGCAGCUGCUGGCUCCGUCUGCUCCUCGCGAUGUUCUCCCCCCCCCCCUCCAGAUCCCCCCCCCCCACAGCCCCCACCCAACAGCCCCCCACCACCCACAGGUUCAACCCAGUGGGGUAACGUAAUUGACAUGGACUCUGGUGCAAGGAAUUAAAUGGGCCCUCCCUCUGGCCAAUCGUCAAGCUCACGGUAGAAAACGAUGGCGUGAGUGUCUUUAAAUCGCACUCGCCGCCAUCCCCGUUCACCCAGCAGCAGCAGCAAUGGGUACAGCCGCCACGCUGGGUCCAUGUGAUCGGCAGGUCGCCCGUGGCGGGAGUAAGGUCUGGCAUUUUUCGUUCCCCAUCAUUUUUUCUUUGCACAGAACCAAGGGAUGGUCGAGGCAUACAAUCAACGUACAGAUGCAAAGCGCGCGUUUCUUCCCAAGCCAGUUCGUUCUCAUUGUCGUCGUCCGUACAAUGAUUGUGGGGACCGUUAUUAGGAGUCUCGGAACCACGCUCGAGCCAUCCGACAGCCGUCGGGUACGAACGCAGUGCGAGGAAACCGGAGCACCCGGAGAACAUCCAAGCGUUCAUCCCCGUACAGAUGGGAACAGAUGGCGAUUAGUCCACCCUUUUCUGUGCCGCCUUCGUCUGGCGAGCCAGGGGGUAUGACACCCCUUGACGCCCCACGGGAAGGGAGUUUCGCAACCAUCUGCGGGGUGAUCCACCAACCCUGGCUGCUGCCUGCACACACACAGCACUUGAUUACAGGCAGACAGUGCAAUUCGUGACGGACGCGUUGAGUGGUUGUAUCAUUAUUAUUAUUAUUGCCAAUAACGAAAUAAGAGCCACGAUAUUCAUUGUUUGGGGCCGGGGGUGGGAUUGUGUAUUCGAGUGCUCGGUGUCACUGAGCAGGAAAUUACCAAGCCAUGAGCUGUGACCAAUCGCAACGGGGUGGCAGGGGGGGGGGCAGGGGGGGGGCAGUUUAACGUGGGGCGCGCCUUGCGAUCGGUGGGCUGACUCGGCGCUGUAUGGACGUCCGCGAGACCUUGACAAUAUUUUAGUUUGAUGUGGGGUGGGGGGGGUCUGGUUGGCGUGACCAAAUGUUUACUUAGAUAUGCGCUCGCAAACACGUAUCCUCGUGUCUUUAUACGAAAACAUAUGUAUACACGAUAUAUAUUAGGGAUGAAAAUACAAGAAACCCACGCAAAACCUGUUUACACACACACACGCGCGCGUGGGCGUGUGUGACGGACGCGUUGAUGUUGCGACUCAUCUGGAUUUUUCCACGCCCGUUCGUUUGUACAUAAAUUAUUUCGUGUUCACCCUGCUCCCCCACUAAGUUCACAACAAUUUUACGUAACAGAAACAUAUUAUAUAUAAAGUAUAUAUUAUAAGAUGGAAACGUUGGCCAUGAGUUGUGACAGGAUGCAGCACAUAAGUUUGCCUCCUGCACGUAUCCGUCUCUCGACACAUCACAUCAGCCACACGGCUUCCUCGGAGUGAAUUUGCGCAGCAGCAGCGUUGGUGGUGGUGAUGAUGAAGUAGUCUGGACACGGUGUUUGACGUUCAGUGUUUCAUCAGCAAGGUCAGGCUUGCUGCUGAAAACGAUUUCGGGCGAGUUGCCAGAUGUUUGCCGGCAAGGGCCCCUCUCUUUGUUCGAUAUGGGUCCUAUAUAGUUCAACACUAAAUUAUGUUUAUUACGGAACACAAUAUCGUGAUUAUCACCAUUGUGGAGAAGAAAAGUAGCAACAUUUAUUAUCAGACGAUGUCUCCUUCCCAUUGUUCAGUUCGUGUGCCACCACUAACACAAAGGCAAAGACAAAGAUCCCCUGAAUAGCCUCGAACAGACGUGCGGUGAGAGGGAGAGUUGUUCGCGAGCACCUGUGAAGGCCGGCACCGCACACGAGGGGGUGGAUGGCCACCUCCACGCCCGGCCGCCUUUGUCUCUCCAGUGGUUAUGAUAACACAUCACACCAGGUCCUCAUUUGAGUCGACAUAGGGGAGUCCCAGAACCGGUUCAGAUAAUCGUCACAAGAUGUAGGCCGUGAGCGGGAAUCAAACUCGUGUCGCAGCGCUCGAAUCACUACACUACAGCUCUGCUAAUACACACUGGAACACACGUGAUGUCGUGGUGUAUACACAUGAAUAGUAGAGUUUUCCCUAGAAUAUUCUAGAUUUGUGCGUGCGCAUGUAUGAGCAUGUGUGCGUCUCUAUGAGCCUGCGUGUGCAUGUGUGUGUACACAUGCGCGCGCGCGGUUGCACGCGUGUGUGUGUGCACACUGUGUGGACUUACCUGUACACACGUGUGUGUGUGUGUACAAUGUGUGAGCUUACCUGUACACACGUGUGUGUGUGCACACUGUGUGAGCUUACCUGUACACACGUGUGUGUGUGAGCACACUGUGUGAGCUUACCUGUAUACACGUGCGUGUGUGAGUGUGCACACUGUGUGAGCUUACCUGUACACACGUGUGUGAGUGUGUAAAUGCUGAGUUGUGCAAUGUGAGACAAUCUGGCCAAUGUUGUACGCCAAGAGGGUUGUGGGGGUGCUUUUUGUAACUCUUGG